UCAUGAUUUUAUAAACUGCAUUUGCGUCACGUCAGAAAAAGUUCAUACGUAAUGUUAUUUAUUUAUGUGAUUUCCUUUUUGUUACAAAGUUUCUGACGAAUAGCCAUAUUCUUUAAAUCUAAUAGUAAUUAUACAAUCUCACUGUUCACAAAUGGCUGCGAUAGCUUUAAAAAUUAAAAAUAAGGAUGGUCAGCAUGUUUUAAAAGAUUUGACCUCUGAAAGUACAGUGGGCGAAUUGAAAAUAUUUCUCUCUAGUUUAUCAGAUGUUGGUAUAGAAAGAAUACACGUGUUAUUUGGUUAUCCACCGAAGCCUCUCGACAUUAGUAAUGAUAACAAAAAGUUAAACGAAAUUGGUUUAAAGACUGGUGAAACUUUAAUUUUGGAAGAAAAACAAGUUCAAGAAAAUGCGCAGAAAAAUGAACCACAGAAGCCUCUAGAAAACGGUAUAGCAUCUCAUGAGACUAUAGGGUCAUGUCGACCAGGUAUUCUAAUGAAGAAAGUAGUCCCUCCAGAUAACUCUUGUUUAUUUACUAGCAUAGGUUUUGUACUUAAUGGUAAUGUGGAUACUAGUGUCCACACUUUGAUGCGACAGAUUAUAGCGAUGGAAGUGGCGAGUGACCGUGAGACUUACAAUGAAGGAGUGCUCGGCCAACCCAAUGCAGACUAUUGUGCCUGGAUUCAGCAGCCAAGCUCCUGGGGUGGUGCUAUUGAGGUGGCUAUAUUAUCUCGUUUCUAUGGAAUUGAAAUGGCAGUUGUGGAUACAUUAAAUGCGAUAAUUAAUAGAUUUGGUGAGGAUAAGAAUUAUGGGCAGAGAGUGUUUCUGUUGUUUGACGGAGUACACUAUGACCCCCUUUACUUGGAACAAUCUGAUGGAGGUGUCCAAACAAUAUUCCCAUCAGAGGACAUGGAAAUAUAUAGAGAGGCUGAACAAUUAGCUCAUGAAGCUAAAUCCUCGCGUCAGUUCACUGACCUUAACAAAUUCACGCUCAAAUGCCUUAUCUGCAAUAAAUUCCUCACGGGACAGGUUGAGGCGCAACGUCACGCGAAAGAAACUAAACACACAAACUUUGGUGAAUUUUAGCACCAUCUUUAGCUCAUAAUAUAGAUAACAAUUAUAGUUUUAAUUGUGGCAACUCUAAAUGUCUAUGGUCAAAUGUCACAAAUUUGACAAUUAAAAUGAAUUUGUUAAUUACUCGUCUUUAGAAUAAGUUUUUGUCACAGCAUGCGGUUAUGAAUUUUAUAGCAUGAUCUCGAAAUUGUAUAUUUCUAAUGAACUAAAAUUAAUAUUUGACGAAAAGUUUUUUUGUGUGUUUUACAAACUUAUCUAGCCUGGCGGAUGUGGUGUUGUUAUCGCGGUUAUUUCUUUUAAAAUUAGGCAUAGAAAAUAAAACAAAAUUGAUCCUAUGUUGGCUGAUUUAGUUUCACUUUUGCCCACCAAGCUAGAUUUGUCGCACUAUAUGCAAUUAUGAGAUUUACCUCAUGCUAUAAGAGCUGUCAUAUCGUUUUAAAUAUCAAGAAGUUUGUUCUAAUUUUAAAAGUUAUUUUACUUUUAAUAUUUAAUUAUGGCAUUAUUUGUGUUUUUCCGUCCUACGUUU